UAACUCUGGAUCAUCACCAUCAUCAUCAUCAUCAACCAACCUCUAAACUAUGGCGAUUCUUACAUCAAAUAAUAAACCUCUGAAGCUAGCUUUACUGUCUACUGGGAUUUUCUCUGUUGCUGUUCUUCUAAAGCUUUCGGUUCCUUUUAUAACAUAUUUUACAGUCUCUGAACUUCAUGUUCUUGCCUGGCUUCAGCCUCCGUAUCUUUAUUUGAUCAUAAAUGGCAUAAUCAUCUCGAUCGUCGCCUCUUCCAAGCUUCAGCUUCAGAAAUCCGACGAACCCUUUAAGCAGUUUGAGAUGGAUAUCCCACCGGGAACUGAGGUUAUAGCGGGAAAAAGCUCCGGCGCCGGUGAUUUGCUGGAUUUUAUUGACGAUACUGGAUAUGUGGGUCAUGGUAGUGCUGUAAGUGGAGUUAAGGGGGAGGAGAUGAAAGGGAGUGAUGCGGAUUCGAAGAGAGUGGUGCAGUCUAUAGAGAGGAGUGAUUCUUUGGAGGAGUUGUUUCAGAAAUUAGAGAGAGAUCCAAAACCUUUGGUUUCUUCAAGAUUUGGUCACAAAAAAUCAUCACUCAAAGCUGGUCCUGAAGGCAGUAAGGCAUCAGUACUGGGCGUUUCAAAAGCGAAACGCCACGAUACACUAGAAAGCACAUGGAAGAUGAUUACAGACGGACGAUCAAUGCCGUUAACCAGACAUCUAAAGAAAUCAGACACAUGGGACUCUCAUUUCCGCCGCGGCGACGGAACAAACCCACCGCCUCCGCCUGCAGAGAAAAUGAAGAAAUCUGAGACUUUCAGUGAAAAGAGUAAGCCGAAGCUGAGUCAUAAGAAUCGUCAGGGAUCGGAGAAACUGAAGAAAGAAGCGUCACUAACUCAGGAUGAGUUGAAUCGGAGAGUGGAGGCAUUUAUAAACAAGUUUAAUGAGGAAAUGAGAUUGCAGAGGGAAGAGUCGUUGAAUCAGUUUCAAGAAAUGAUUAAUCGUGGGGCUUUUUAGGACGAUCAAGAUUAUAUUCAUCAUGUUGUUAGCUAACGGAAAAUUCUAACCUAGAUUUAGUCUAUAAAUUUUUUAUGGACGUAUCUGAUGAGGUCUUAAAAAAUCUAACAUAAAUUUAUCUUUUUUUUUUAUUAUUUUUUUAACAUCUCAUUGGAUAGACCCAUAACUUUUUCAUAGACUGGAUUUAGAAAAAAAAGUCCCGUUAGCUAACUAUAGUUUUUUUUUUCCUUAGAUUAUUUCAUGAUCUGUUAUAUUAUUCAAAUAUUAGGGUGGGUAGGAUGACUCAACCCGAGUAAGGAUAUAGACCCGAGUAGGGGUGAGCAGAAACCGAACCAGACCGAAAAACCGAACCGAACCGAACCGAAAUUCGUUAUUUGGUUCGGUUUUUCGGUCAAAACGGUUUGGUUCGGUGUUAGAUAAGGAAAAAUUUGGAUAUCGGUGUUUGGUUCGGUUUUAGGUUGUUAAAAACCGAAAAAACCGAAUAACCGAUUUGACCGAACAUAUGAAAACCAUGUUAUUUUCAGGUAAAUGGGCCACGCAUGCAUGUUCAGGCCUGAUCCAUUUUUAUCACUGAUCUAAGCCUAAUUACCAUGUUGUUUGUUCCCUAUAUAAACAUCUUUAUAAGUUUAAACCCUAGAUCUCAUUUCUUCUCAACCUCACACAGUCGCCUCACUCUCCCUUUCUUCCUAUUCUUUUCUUUUUUCAUCAGAUAACCCUAAAUUUGUGAUUAAUUUCUUCAAUCUCUCUAUAACACCUUAAAAUAUAACACCUUUAAAUAUAACCCUCUUUUUAGUAAAAAAAAAUUCUGUAACAAUUAGGGUUGUGAUUUAAGAAAGUUUAUAAUUUUCUCUUCUUAAAUCUGUAAAUUUGCUUUAAGAAUGAAGGUUUGCUUGAAGCCCUAUUAAAGAUCUGUAUCAAGAUUAAGAUGAUGAAGAUCCUUUUUUUUUGUUGUUGCUUCUUUUGAAUCAGAUUUAUUGAAUUUUGUAUUCGUCUGUUAAUUUGAUUUUUUUGCUGUAAUUAUUUAUUGUAAUUUCAAUUUAUGCUGUUGUAUUAUGAUUUGUAAAGUUCAUCUAAUAUGAAUAUUAAUUUUUUUAUUUUA